CCUUCCCAGCCACCAUGAGUGUCCUGCCAUGCAGUUUUCUCUUCCUCCUCCUCGUCUGCCUCCCCGUCCUCACUGAGACCAAGCGGCAGCCUGGUCAGGGAAAACCCGACAAACCCCACCAGCCUCCGCCAUCACAGCCACCGGCCAAAAGACCUAGAAAUCGUUCAGUCCCCGGUUCUGGUGAGCUGACUACCAAGGAGGGCCAUCGCUGCACUUGGCAGACGUCUGGUGAAAGCCUGGUGACCCUGGUGGUGAACUGCAGCACUGAAACAUUGGGAGACCAGCAGAGGUAUUGGUGUCGUUACGCCGGCAAACCAGACCUUUGCCAGGCCUACGGGGUGAAGUCCAGCCAGUACUGGAAGCAGCUGGUGGGGAAGCUGAAGAAGAGGCAGAACGCCUGUGAAGGAGAGAAAGUCCUGAAGGCCAAAACCUGCAAGAAGGCUCCUGCUGAGGCCCACAUGAAGCUCGCCCAACGCAGCGGAGAGGAAGAGAGGAAGGGAGGGAAGGAAGGAGGGAAGAAAAAAGGGCAGCUGACCAGUAAGAGCUCAGAAGGAGGGAAGGCAGAGAGGAAGAAGAAGGAGGAGGAAGAAGAGGAGAAGAGGAAGAGGGAAGAGAGGCCUGGCAUUGAGGAGGAAGGAGUGCUGAACGACAUGGAGCCGGUGCAGAGUUACUGCAGCGAGGGAUGGCACUCCGUCUGCUCGUUCUUUGUCAAGUUUUUUGAGGGUUGAUAGGAAAUUAUGAAGAAAAUGUAAAGCUCAUUUUUGAUACAUACUGGUGCGAGUUCACAAUCUGGAAUAAAUGAAGGUUUCAGCCACUUUGACUUGGAUUUGGUCAUUAAACAUAUCACUUUGUUAGUAUGACCUUUUUGUAUCAUUUUAAACUUUUACAAAUGGAGCCCCAGGCACCUAAUUUACAAUGUUUUAGUGGUAUGAUAAUUAAAACCUGGCAAUCUGUAUUAUCUAUAUAAAACCAUUAAAUCAAACCUGUCAAUCCUGAAUGAAAGCCACAAUUCAUUAAAAUGUUCCUCCCAGUCAUUAUGAACACUCACCGUCUGCUGAUGUAAAUUCAAAUACAAACCAGUCUUAUUUUGUUUGAUUUCAGUUUGCGUUAAUCGAUCAUAUUUAGCUUUGGGUCAUAUAAAGUUUGUUGUAGUUUGUUUUCUAGAAAUGGUAAAUCAGAUGAAAUUGAAAAGUUGAGCUGUAUAAACUGUGUAAUGUCUGACUAACAAAUAGGUGUAAGAAUAAUGUUUUGGUGCACUAUAAUCUAUCAGUGAUCAUCACUGAUGAUGAUGGUGUUGAUAGUAGUGAUUACUAGAUGAAUAGAUGUGUUGUUUAACCUUGUUUUUAUGACGUGUUACUAACAGUUUCUAUAAACUUUGUGUAACUGCUUUGUAAAAACAAUCUGGUUACUGUUUGAUGUGAUUUGUGGCAGUUAGACCCGUGCAACAUUUUUAAAAAUAUUUUUCAAAGACAUUUUAACACUGUUUCUGGAAUUCUACAAUAAAAACAAAAUGCUUAAAAAUG